AUGUCCGAGAAAAUCGAUGUACUUAUCUGCGGGAGCGGAUCCGCAGGCCUCUGCGCAGCGACAUGGCUCGCGCGGUACGGCAUCCGGUGUAAGGUGCUGGAGCGCCGCGACGGGCCCAUGACGAUGGGCCAAGCUGAUGGUGUGCAAUGCAGGACCGUUGAAAUCUUCGAGAGCUUUGGUAUCGGCGAGGAGCUGCUGCGUGAAGCGUACCAUGUGCUGGAGGUGGUGUUCUGGGCCGAUGAUGGAUCUGGUUCGAUCAAGCGCACUGGUCGGACGGUGGAUACGCAGCCGGGCCUGUCACAUCAGCCGCAUGUUAUUCUUAACCAGGCUCGGAUUAAUGGGCUGCUGAUUGAGAAGAUGCGGGAGUGGAACAAUCAGGAGAUCGACUACGGGUACACUGUCACCAGCGUCGAAGUGGAUGGCAAGCUGGUGGCGGAUCCGCAGGCGUAUCCUGUCAAGGUGACUGCUGAGAAGAACGGGAAGGCUGAGACAUUCGAGGCUAAAUAUGCGCUUGCUUGCGAUGGUGCUCACAGCACCGUUCGGAAAUCACUCGGCUACAACAUGAUCGGAGACAGCACCGAUGCCGUCUGGGGUGUCAUGGAUAUGGUCCCUCGCACCGAUUUCCCUGACAUUCGGAGGAAGACCACCAUCCGCUCGAAAGCAGGAAACCUGAUGAUCAUCCCCCGGGAAGGUGGCAGUCUGGCUCGCUUUUACAUCGAGCUGCCGACCGGCACAAAGCCCAAGGAAGUCAAGCUUGAGCAUCUCCAGCAGGCAGCAAAGAACAUUCUUAGCCAGUACACGAUUGAGUUUGUCGAAACCGUCUGGUGGUCUGCGUAUUCCAUUGGCCAACGCCAUGCAGAUUUCUUUCACAAGGAUUACCGCGUCUUCCUUGCCGGUGAUGCUUGUCAUACACACUCCCCAAAAGCCGGUCAGGGCAUGAACGUCAGCUUGCAGGAUGGGUACAACAUAGGCUGGAAGCUAGCCACUGUCCUAAAAGGAUUGGCGUCGCCUUCCUUGUUGGAGACAUAUGUCCUGGAACGCCAGAAGGUGGCGAUCGAUCUGAUCGACUUCGACCGGUAUUUCUCGAAGCUCUUCUCCUCGGGAGGUCAGACGUCACCCGCUGAGUUCCAGGAGGGGUUUAUCAAGUCUGGCAAGUAUACCGCCGGAAUGACGGCGCGGUAUGACAAGUCACAGAUCACUUCCGACGUGGACGACUCAGACAAGCUUUCGACAAACGUUGUUGUUGGUAUGAGACUGCCCAGCGCUCAAGUCGUGCGCUUCAGUGACUCGAAGCCCAUGCAAUUAGCUCAGUCGCUCAGUUCAGAUGGCCGUUGGCGAGUGAUAGUCUUCAUUGGAGAUAUCAGCUCGGCCGAAACUAGGACAAAGUUGAAAGCUAUCGGUGACUAUCUCGGCUCAACAGAGGGUCCUAUCCAGACAUUCCGCCCCAAGGGAGGAGAUAUCGACAGUCUUAUUGAGCCUAUUCUGGUGGGUCAUGGCAAGCGCCAUGCCGUGGAACUGGACCAGAUUCCCGAGUGCUUCUACCCUGUGACUGGAAAGCAUCAAAUCAAAGGCAGGUCUCCGAAGUUAAUAAAGAAACUCCAUAACCUUCACAAAAUCUACUACGACGAUGAAAGCUAUAACAAGGGUCAUGGUCACUGCUACGAGCACCUAGGGAUUAGUCCCGAGAAGGGUGCAAUUGUGAUUGUCCGUCCAGAUCAAUAUGUAUCUGCCUUGAUGAGUCUGGAUGACUAUACGCAGAUUGGAAAAUUCUUUGCGGGUUUCCUGAUACACCAGCUGCCCGAAAGCAAAUUGUGA